GAUCCGUCCAACAACGGUCGUAACGUUUCGAAAUGCGGUCGCAGUGUAUUCAUCGCUGUUCCCGUAGAACGUGCGUGCACCUCUCGCCCCUCCCGUAACUUACAACAACAAGUACGAAUCUACUUUUCGCGCGCUCCAAGGACGAGCGCGAAGAGCAGCGGCAGCGACGCGGUGAUUAACGCUCGGCGAUCAACGGGGACGAUCAGCGCCCGUGAGGAAGAGAGACGCGGCACGCCGGGACGCGUUCUGGAACGGCCGCGAGUCGACGGAGUUCUCCGGCCGAGUUCUCGACGUCUUUUGCGUCGGUGAGCGUCGCGAGUCCUAGUAGAGGAGAGAGAAGAGGCGGAAGUACUCUGUGACGGAGGCGACGGAGGAGAAGCGGAUCGCGAUAAGCGGAGGUGAGAACGCCAACAGUUUUAGAGUAACCGGAGACGAUGGAUCAAGGUUUCCCGGGACAGCACACCACCACGACCACCGUGACGACCACCACCACGACUACUCAGCCGAAUAUACGAUUCGAUCCGUCGUACGCGAGGACAUUGCCUGGCCUUUUAAAAAUUGCCCAAGUGGUACUGAAUCUCCUGGGAUUUAUAUGCAUAACGGUGUCGACCCACAGCAGCAACAGCCGGGGAGGAUGGUUCAACACCGUGGCUAUGGGCGGCUUCUGGUUCACGGGGAUCCUGCUCGUUCUUUACCUGUUCCACAUCGUUGAGAAAUUCUCCAGGAUCCCCUGGCUCAAGAUCGAAUUUAUAUUCUGCACGAUAUGGACCGUCUUCUACUUGCUGGCCGCUUCCCUCGCAGCUGAUUACGCACGUUACACGGAGGCCUUCGGCGUCGCAGCGUUCUUUGGCUUUUGUGCGAUGGUGGUGUACGGCUACGACGCUUGGCUCAAGUUCAGAGCGGUGAAGAGCGGCGGGUUGGCACAGGGCCAGCACACGCCGAAACAAGUGUCCACCGUCACCAGUCCGGCGUACUAGGUCCAGAAUGAAGAGGUGAAUUCAAGGCAGAUCAUCGGUCGACCAACUGUAUCGAUCGACUCGGUCGAUCGACACAUAUCGUUACCUUGCGUGCGGGUCCAGAGCCCUUUUUGUAAACUCUGGCGCGAGGCGUCGACGCUGGGCACCCCCCCUCGACGCCUCUCCGUUCGGUCGGUCCGCGUGUGCUUGCGUGCGUGUGUCGUGCGCGCGCGCGUACUCUCGACUUUUCCCUUCGUCUCUUUCUUUUUGUACUUUGUAACAUGGCAAUAAUCUACAACACGACGCUGCGACAGCGUAUCGUUGACUUAUAUUCUAAUGAGGGGAGAGGCGACGACGCGACGCGCUCGUCAUCCUCCCGAGCAACCGAGCAACGAUUAAUAUUUUGUAACAACGUUCGCCGCGAUUUCCUUUCGACUGUUAUUUAUGCGACGAUGCGUGUGUACAUGUGUGUAUACAUAUAUACAUAUAUAUCUAUGUACGCAUGAAAAGUAAACGUUGUUGAAACUGUACGCUAAAUUAUUGUUAGAGCCGAGAUGACGAAUCAAGAGUGCCGGUGCGAAUGCUAGAUCUAUUUUAAUCUCCUCGGUCCCCGCUUGCAAACUGCCUGGCCAAUCUGAUCGUCAGUGAUCGCUGCUUUGUCACAGAGCAUCAUUUUUGUUGAUGCUUUCAAUCUUAGUGAAAUUUUUAUUCACGAUUUUCGCAGAGACUUUUACAAAUGCAUCAGGUGAAUUCAAAUGUACGCCAGUGGUGGCGAGCCUUUUUUUAUGUGCGCGUGCCAAAACUUUAGAAAUAAUAUUUAUCGAGUCGUUGACGCGAGCUGGAUAGUUUCUAAAAAUUCAUAAAGAAUUAAUUAUUUUUUGCAGAAUUUUGUUGAGACAAAAGUCUUCAGCUGCCGGGCCUUGUUCCUGUUGUAGUGGGGUCUAAAUUAUUCAAAAUUCUUCAAAAAAAAUUUUGAAUAAUUUAUAAGCGCGUGAAAUGACAUUGUAAAUCGUCGACGUGCCAGCAGAAUUUUCGUACGUGCCACCGCUGGCACGCGUCGCGUCGCCACCACCGAUGUAUACCAAGAUAUUAUUUUAUUAUACGCAUCAAGUAUUAUUUUGUUAUUUAUCAAGUAAAUUAUUUGUAAGCGAGGCCGGGAACAUGCGAAACUAAAAUGUUGAAAUAUUGUUAGCUUCUUCUCUUUCUCGUCGUACGUAGCCUUCUUAGAGUGUCGCAUAGACUCCUUAGAUUGUUCGAUAACGCGCUUCACAAGUCGCUGACAGACACACACACACACACACACACACACAUGAAGAAGGGAUCAAAGGCGUAGUUAUAACUGCGCUUGAAUCACAAGUACAGGGACGCAAGGGAAUAAUGUAGCGUGAUUGUAGAUGCGUUAUUUGGUCUCUCCCGAGUCAUCCUGUCGGCUCGCGACGAACAUAUCCGCCGCAUUCCUCGUCAUAUCGGAUCAUCGGGUCGCGUAAUCUCGCACGAUGACCAUCACAAGAAAUGAUAUUACAGACAAGAAUAAUCUAUUACGUUUACAAGAAAGUAUCGCACACACACACUCUCUCUCUGUCUCUCUUUCUCUCUCUUUCUCGAUUCGCGGAACAUAUUUAUUAGUAUUGUUACUUUUAAGCUUGGAUUUAUACAAAUAUAUACUAUAUAUGUACAUGAUACAUAUAUACAUGAUACAUAUAAUACAUGUACACGUAUACACACACACACUACAUCUAUAUCAUUGUCUCCUCUAUACUGAGGAGAGACAGAGAAGGAGAGGCAAAGGGGGAUCUCUGGUGAAACAACAUGGAUAUUAUCCUGCAUAUUAAUGAUCGACUAAACUCCGACAACAGUAAAUGUAUUCAAAGAAAUAAAUCAUUGAUUGUUGUUUCCUG